GACAGACAGACUCCUGGGGCCUGCCAACCAUCAAAAUGUCCAAAGGGCCUCUUAUUCUCUGGCUGCUGAUUGAGCUUGGGCGGCUUUCUCUGAGUUCAGCUGCAGAAGAGACUGUGAGAGCAUAUUUGGGUCAGAUGGUGACUUUGCCCUGUAUACACUCAUCCUGGUCUCACAACAGAAACAGCAUGUGCUGGGGGAAGGGCAAGUGUCCCAAAUCCAAAUGCAAUAAUGAGCUUCUUCACACCAAUGGGGGGCAGGUGCUGUUCAAGAAGUCAUCAAAAUAUGAACUUCUGGGCAUGAUCUGGAGAGGCAAUGUCUCCUUGACCAUCUUCAACACCAAUGAAGAUGACAGCAGUGUGUACUGCUGCCGCAUAGAGGUCCCCGGCUGGUUCAAUGACGUGAAGAAGAACAUUCGUCUGCAGUUGAUCAGAGCCCCAUCCACCAGGCGCUCCACAACACGUCUCCCAACCACCACCACUGCUCUGACAACAACCACAGCUGUGCUUCCAACAACAGCUAUGAUUACACCUGAGCUCACAAGCAGAACGCCACUUCAGACAAGAACCACCACUGCCCUCACAACAGUGGCAACGACAUGCCCUCCAGCCACAUCAGCAUUUCUUUCUGAAGCCACCACAGUUCUUCCAACCACUGAGCUUUCCACGGAGGGGACCAUCCUCACUGCAGAGUCAGAAACUUUCUUUCUCUCCAAAGACCCUGAGAGAAACACUGAGGUGACUUCUGGAAGCACUGCCUUGCUGACAUCCAAGGAGUCUGAAGCCUGGUUUCUCCAGUCAACAUCCCAGGCCUCCAUGUGGGAAAUGAGUGACCCAGUGACUUUUCCUCAGACAGGAGCAACGGAGACAGAAAUGCCUGUGCAAAAUGGAGUUAAAUCAGAACAGGUAAAAAUGAUCAACUCCGACCUGCUAAUGAUCAUCGCUCCCUCCCUGGGAUUCGUACUGUUGGCUUUGCUUGUGGCGCUUUUCCUUCAAGGGAAAGUCAUGAAAGCCAGUUGUUUCUCGAAACACACAAGGCUAGACAAUGUUGGAGAAUGUAAGAACAACUUUGGUGACAUGCAGCAUGGAAGAGAAGACGAAGAUGGUCUUUUCACGCUCUAAUGCGCCACCUUUUCUCAGAAUGGAGAACGGGGACAUGAUGUGGGAAUCUUCAAAAGAAGUCUUAGAAUGUGUUGUCUGUGUUGUUUUGUUUUUAAAGUCCUGUUGAUUCCACGGGUGUCAUGGUCCAGUCUUGCUUUAAUUUCACAAGUGGAAGUACUUUAGAGACCUUUAGCACCUUCUCUGCCAGGUGCUUUAAUCUCCCAGGUAGCAUCAUGCUAAGUGAUCGUCCAGACUGUGCUUGAUUAACUUCGGUGAUGGUGAGCUCACUACCACAUCUAAAGGAGAUCAUUCCCUCUCAGGACAGUUCUAAGACUUAGAAAUAUUUAAAACAAAGUCUGUCUCCAGAUAGCAUCUGCUUAUGGGUCAUAGCUAAACUCAUUGUGUUUACACAAAACAUGUGUAAUCUCUUCUCUCUGGCAGCUAUCCGGAUAUAGGAAGAAGGGCCUCAUGUCUCUCCAAAUUGCCUUGCGUCUGGGACACAAUUUUGGGUUCCUUUUUGACCCUAGUUGCCCUUGCCUCCUAUGCAUUUGUAUCUCUCUGUUUAUGCCCAACUUUUGGUGUGCACGCCCCCCUCUAGGGAUGGUUGGAGCAACCCUGGGUCUGGGUCUCAUCAGUAAUGCCAGAAGCAAUAUAGAACUUCACCAUC